CCCAGCCAUUGCUGCGCCUCGACAAUGUCCACCGGCAACCCGAACGGGCAGCCCAAGGGCGACUUUGCUGGCCUCGUCUCUGACCUCAUGCGUCACAAACAUGCCGAGAAGGAGGCCAAGGGCGGUAACGGAGACGCAACUCCUAGCAAGAGCAGCAUAGCGCUUGCUGUCAGCAGUCACCUCCCCGCUACGGGGCUCAAGAAGAAUACAGAAGAAUACAGAGAGAAGCAUGGAGAAAGACAGGGGAAAGGGGUAGAGAGGCAGGAGAGUGGGUGGUCGUCGAGUAGCUCUCUGCCGUCUGAUGCGGAGGGGAGGACCGACUCGCGAAGCCAGCAACAAAAGGAGGACGAGCAAGAAGGGGCAGAGGGCAGAGGUCCUGGGCGACACGAAUCCUUCAUCCCAGACGGUCACGACGAUCAACGUCCUAUACACGACUCACCCGUGGAAGAACUCUCCUCCUACCCUUCUGUGCCUCAACCUCGGGCCAAUGAACAAAGGGAAGGAUCUGGGAGGUCGGAGAGGAUGAUCAGGAUUGACGACUCGGCAAAAGGCUCGCGAGAUCGGGAGCGGGAGAGGGACGAGACCGAGCUCAUGUCGCGGUCGCCAAGCGCACAGAGGCAGCUCACGGAUGAGCUUGGCAGGUCGCCUGAUGGGAACCCUGGUAUGAAGGAGGAGGAGGUGCCAGGACCGAGGAAUGAGAUUGCGCUGGGACCGAGGAUCACCCAUAUCCACUAUCACGAAGAGCGAGAGCCUACUGUUGAUGGGAUCCAUCAUGGACCCAUCCUCAAAGUUACCUCUGACGGCGAAGCCGAGCUACCACCCGGUCAAACGCCGCAGGCUUCACGGCGCCCAAGCGCAUCGCAAGACUACCGUACCACUUCCGAGAACGACCUCCAAGCAUACGAGAACGGUAUGGGUAACACCAUAUCGGACGGCACCUGGAGGAACGCCCUUCAAUCGUCCCGGCAGAAAAAGAAGGGCAAGACACCCGCGAGCUCGAGGUUUAGCAGCUUCAGGGAGGACGGUAUAACCACGGGAGAGAGUGAUGUGGAGGGCAAUCAUGGGGAUAAUGAGGCGCCGGAUACGCCGACGGAUGCGGCGCAAAAGAGGUGGAGCAUGCUCCGCCACCGAGUACUUCCCUCCAAGACCUCUGUGAAUGGACCGUCACCCAACAAAGUAUCCGCUCUGGCGCCGACUGUGAUUGCCUCCAUUCCGGUCACCACCGAGCUGUUUGCUGGCCAGCUGCCAGUCAUGAUCCUCAAGACGUGGAUAGACAGGGACGAGAAUGGAAAGAAGGCUGUACCGGUAUUGCUGGGCAACUUGAGGUUCAGGGUGGGAGAUAGUGUGGGGUUGAAGCAGGGAAAGGCGACGGGGAAGGAAAUGUUCAAGGUAGAGUGCGAGUACGGGGAUGGCGCGGUCAAAUGGGUCAUCUACCGUGAACUGCGAGAUUUCCUGUCGCUCCACGCGCACUAUAAAGCUGCCAACUUUGGUACCUCCGUCGCCGGUCUACGCUCUACCCGACAUGUCGAGAUCCCCGACUUUCCUCGUAUGAGUGUACCCUUCUUCAACAAGUUUGACAAGCAAGCGCAUGGAAAAGAAAAGGAGAGGGAAUCGAAAGAAGCAAAGGAAACGAAGGAGCAGAUGAAGAUCAGUAAGAAUAUGGGCAAGGCAGAGUAUGCUCAGGCGAGUCGAGAUGCUCUGCAGCGAUACCUCGUGGAUCUCAUUCGUGCUGUCAUCUUCCGACCCGAGUCCAACCGACUCUGUAAAUUCUUCGAACUCUCCGCUCUCACCCUUUCCCUUGCCCCUCGCGGUGGUUUCCAAGGCAAGGCUGGCUUCCUAACGAUCCCCGGCUCCAACGCCUCUCGCCGCGCCAACCAACCUGGCCUCACGCCUGCCUCUUGGAAAGCCUCCCGUGAGCCCAAGUGGUUCAUCGUAAGGGACUCUUACUGUGUGGCGACUGAUGGACCAGAGACGACAGAUCUCUACGAAGUCUUCUUGUUUGAUUCCGACUUUACGAUCAUCAGGCCGAAGAGGUACUACAGGACCGGAAUGGGCAUCCUGCAUCCCCACAAGAAAGACAGGGAAGACGAAGAAAUCGCGAACCAUGUUGACACGGACAAUCCUUUCACGAAGGAAGUCGUGAUUGCCAGCGGAGAGGGCAAGGGGUCGAAAGCCCAAAAUUUGCAAGACGAAACGGAGCAUGAGGCGAGUCAGCAUACUUUCUAUAUCGUCAACUCGCAGAUCAAAUUGAAACUGGUCGCCAAGAACGCUCGACAAAUGCACCAAUACAUCGUCUCAAUGGAGAGGAUUGCCGCACAGUGCGCUUGGACCAAGAAGAACCGAUUUGAUUCGUUUGCUCCUCUUCGAGUCAAUGUCGCCGCGCAAUGGCUUGUUGAUGGGCGAGACUACUUUUGGAAUCUGAGUCGAGCAAUUAACAUGGCAAAGGAUAGAGUAUACAUCCAUGACUGGUGGAUCUCGCCCGAACUGUACCUCCGACGACCCGGAAAUGAGCGCUAUAGACUCGACAACCUUCUCAAGCGUAAGGCUGAGGAGGGAGUCAAGAUCUUCAUCAUCAUCUACAACGAAGUGUCCGACAAGACCACUCCCGUCGACUCGACAUAUACCAAACGCAGUCUCAUGAACCUCCACCCCAACAUCCUCGUUCAACGAUCCCCUUCGCACUUCCAAACCGGAACCUUCUAUUGGUCGCAUCACGAAAAGCUUUGCGUGAUCGACGAGACCAUCGCCUUCAUGGGAGGUCUGGAUCUGUGCUAUGGAAGGUGGGACACACCACAGCAUGUGCUGCUAGACGAGAAGCACACGGCCGAUGAUGGACCGGACGGACCGGUAUGGAGGGGCAAGGACUAUUCGAAUGAACGGGUCAUGGAGUAUGCGAACUUGGACAAGCCUUUCGAGGACAUGUUCGAUAGGACCAAGAUUCCUAGAAUGCCUUGGCACGAUACUGCUCUUCAGAUCGUUGGCCAACCCGCCCGAGACCUCUGCCGACACUUCGUCCAGCGAUGGAACUUGCUCAUCCGAACCAAAAACCACACCCGCCGCAUGCCUUUCCUUUUGCCGCCCGCGGACUUUACGGAUAGGGAGUUGCAAGAUCUCAAGCUCCAGGGAACGUGUGAGGUGCAGAUCUGCAGGUCUGUUGGGCCAUGGUCUAUGGGAACGCAGACAAAGAUCGAGCAUUCUAUCCAGAAUGCUUAUUGCAAGUCCAUUGAAACCUCUGAACACUUUGUCUACAUUGAGAAUCAAUUCUUCAUCACCUCUACCAUCGUGGAUGGCGUGCGCGUAGAGAACGGCAUCGGCGACGCUCUCGUCAACCGUAUCAUCCGCGCGCACAAGGAGCGUGACGCAUGGCGCGCCUGUAUUGUCAUCCCUCUCCUUCCUGGGUACACCUACCCUCUGGACUCCAAUGAGGCGAGCUCGGUGAGGUUGAUUUUGGAGUGUCAGAACAGGACUAUCGCCAGAGGCACCAGCUCGAUCUUUUCGAGGUUGAGGAAGGAGGGCAUUGACCCCGAUGACUAUAUCACAUUCUUUUCCCUGAGAGGAUGGGGCAAAUUUGAGUCUAGUGUAUUGACCACCGAGCAAGUCUAUAUUCACGGAAAGACCAUGAUCGUGGAUGACCGUCUUGUCUUGACUGGUUCUGCCAACAUCAACGAGCGUAGUCAACGUGGUGACCGAGACUCUGAGCUUUUGGCUGUCGUCCGAGACACCGACAUGAUUGACGGCACCAUGGCAGGACGUCCCUACAAGGUUGGGCGCUACGCCCAUACCUUGCGAGUCCGUCUGAUGCGCGAACACAUUGGUGUCGACGUCGACGGCAUCGACGAAGAACAGCUCAUGUCCCGCGAGCCAAUGGCGGACGCGGAUGAUAUCGAGACAUGGGACCCGGACCACGAGCAACAGAGUGACGAUGAUGAGCGAGGAGGGACGACGCAGAUCAAGAGGAGGCUUGCAACUGAUAGAUUGAUUGACACCUUCCAGAACGGUGUUUCCAGUGUGACCAAGGGAAUGUCCGAGAAUGCCAUUUCCAACGUCAAGAGGGCUGCCGACAAGGUCCUGCACCCCAUCGCCGUUGCCAAAUCGGGCGAGACCGUUGCCCUUAACGAUGGCGACGCCAAUCCCUCUGAGCGUGAAGACUUUGACUCUCACGGUAAAACUGACAAGGGCUUUGCUUCCUCCAUGGUGCCAACCCUCGAGGAAAAGACUAUCUACGAGCGUCGGCCGGAUCAGAGUCACGCCAACGGCAAGCCCUUGUUUGACCACAUCGAUGAGCGAGGCGAAGAUGGCCAGGUUGGACAGACAAAAAGUGGAAAGGGUGGCGGCGAACCUGGGGAGGCCGAGGUGCCUACUGAGACCAAGAAAUCUGGCUUGAUUGUCGACUCGGAUGGUGCCAAGCUGUCUGGUGUCCCUCGUCUCCGAGCCAAGGUAUCCGAAACCGAGCUCUACGGGACUCCCGCCAACGUCCCAGGUGACAACGACAAGAUUCCUGUGCACGAUACCGACAGAAAGGUGGAGAACGAGGAUGAGGAAGCCGUCGACGAGAUGAAUGCGGCUGCGAAGGCCAGAAAGACGCUCAGAAAGCAUCUCAGUGCCAAGGUACAAAUGUCACCUUGGAGCAUGCCCACGCCUACCCCAAAGAUCAACCCUGCCAGGUUCCAUGACCCGUUGGAUGAAAGUUUCUGGAAGGAUGUUUGGGUUGCCAGCGCUGUGCACAAUACAGAGAUCUUCCGAAAGGUCUUCCGUUGUAUUCCUGACGAUCUGGUGACGUCCUGGGCACAAUACAAGGCGUUCGCCAACCACGCCGAAAAGUUCAACAAAGCACCCGAGGAAGUCGCCGCCAACGGCCAAGACGAACCCGUCAAGGUCACCCACGACGGUCCCGGUACUCAUGGUGCCGGCGGUGGUGGAUCUGGCGGUGGACAAAUCGGUUCUCAUGAGGGAGAGGGCAGUGGGAACAAGGCGGAGACAAGUGAUGCGGAUGUGGUGGAUGGCAAGCCCAGAGAUGUGCCCCAUCCCCAUCACCCACACGUUCCUCGUCCAGGGCACCACAGCGAGGGGAGCAGGAGUUCCUUCAGGGGCAGUGAGAGUAAGAGAGAGGCAGAGCGAGAGAAGAAGGCUAGUGGGCCAGACGAAGGUUGGGCAGAGUGGGAGAAGGAAGAAAUGGAGCUGUUGUUGAACGAAGUCAAGGGACAUCUCGUCAUCUACCCUAACAGAUUCUUGGAAGGAGAAGACCUGGCCAACAACUUCCUAUUCAACUCCGACAAGAUCCUGCCCUUGCCCAUCUUUGAUUAACGAACUUUAACGACUGAGCAUACAUCUAUAAUAUUCCCGAGUAUCUGUUAUUCCGCGCAUCAUAUUCUAAAUCUCGAUUGUUAUACCUAAUUUUUUGAUACACUUGACUCUGUCUUGACUCCAUGUCGCAUGAAUACCUGUCUGAG